AUGUACACAAUAUCCUCCACUUCCACUGGAAACGGUGCUACCUACUGGUACACCCCCCCUAUUACUUGGUCAAAGUCCUCUCCUGGACCAGAAACUACUCAACAACAAUAUUUUGCCACUCUCCCGAGUAAUCUAUCAACAUCCACUCUUUCAACCUCCAUCCACACUGCACCAAUUGCUACAUCUGAAGAUCAAGUCCAGCCCAUCAUUGAGCAAAUCGUUAGGAAUUUGAAGUGUAAUUCUCAGGACGUAUAUGUCCAGCAAUUCUAUAUUGAACCAUCAAGUUUCCCCAAGUUUGUGGACAAGCUCAGAGAAACUAACUACAGCACUCUAAGAUAUAUGUAUGACCAUGUGAAAGGCAUCUUGCAACUGAGCAUGCCUACUCCUGUAUAUGAAGUUUUCAUUGAGCGCCUCAGUAAACUUUUACAGGGGGAACUGUCAUGCCUUAUCAGACGGUCAGAUGGGAAGUUCAGGUUGAGUUCUAAUACAUCCAAGUUUCUCCAGCGAGGUCAAAUCACCACUGUACCCCACUUAGCCCUCAAGUUCCAAAGCCUUAACCCUAGCACUGAGUGGCAGGACUUGUUCAUUUCCCAGGUCUGCCACUCCCAGUUACUUUGGGACAUCACCCAGAAGGUGAAAAAGUACUGGGAGGAGCUCCCCCACCUUGUUGGCAUUCUUGUGGUCAAAUUCUACGAGUCCCACAAAUACGCAAAGCCUCAAUAUGGGUACGCUGAACCCGUCAACAUGCAGUAUUGGUACAACUUACAAAAGGAUGACAAUAUCAAAUAUGGCCCUCUGAGGACAGCUGAUGGUGUAACAUGGGUGGGUAGAUUUGUGGUGGAUAUGUACCUGUAUGAAAAGGACCCAAAGGUUGUAGGAAAGGAAAGCUAUGCACAGCAUCUUCCUCCGCCCGUAGUACUGGAAGACAAAUUCAACGAAAUUUUCAAUUGUGUUAUCACCAGGUCAAUUUUGGAGAUGGAGAAAAUUAUGAGGAGUGCGCCCCAGACUGUCGCUAACCCAGAAGCUGAAAGUGCAGCUGCUCGAAUAGCAGCGAUAGAGCAUCAGGAAAAAUGGGGGUAG